CAGGAGUGUUGGUGGUGUACACUUCUCCCUCUAUCCCGCCUUGCACAAGCAUCUGACUUGCUGCUGUUUAUCUCCUGAAGUCCAGAGUCCAGACCAACACCCAGACAUGCAUGCCUCCCUCCAGGCUCUGAUGGCAGCCAGCCUCCUCAUUCAGGUUUUUGGCUCACCCAUGCAAGGUAACACCACGGUCUGCUUGUUGCCCCCCGAUGAGGGCCCAUGUAAAGCUCUUAUCCCACACUAUUACUAUGACCGAUAUACACAGACUUGCCAGGAAUUUUUAUACGGUGGUUGUGAUGGAAACUCAAACAAAUUUCUCUCUAUGGAGGAUUGCGAAAAAUUUUGUUGGAAGAUCAAAAAGGUUCCUAAAGCCUGCAGAAUGGAUCCUGAUGAAGGACCUUGCCGGGGCUUCUUAAAGAGAUACGCUUACAACAUGCAGACAAUGAAGUGUGAGCAGUUUUAUUACGGUGGCUGCUACGGCAAUGACAACAAUUUCAAAGAUAAAGCCUCUUGUAUGGACUUCUGCUCCCCAAGGCGAGAUGCUCCCAGUUUCUGUUAUAGCCCAAAGGAUGAGGGAUCAUGUUCUGCUUCUGUUACUCGCUAUUAUUUUAACAUUGAGAGCAAAGCCUGUGAAGAGUUUGUAUAUACUGGGUGUGGUGGAAACUCAAACAACUUUGUCAAAAUGGAAGAUUGCGACAGUGUGUGCAAGAAAGGUAGUAAAAGGCCAAGAAACCGAAAUCGCAUCCGCGUACCGAGGAUACAGUCAUGAGAACAGAAAAGACCAAAAUAGCCUUCUGUAUCAAUUGCAUUAGCACCUUGUUUGCUUUUUGCAGCUGAAAAACAUACUACAGAGCAUGUAUAGCAACUUUACGGGGACCAGAAAAAGAUCAAAUGGAAGCGACUUUACUGAAAUACACGCUUUUGUUAAAAGGGAAUUUUUCUAAAAACAUAUUUGUGCACUUAUGUUAUUCUUUAUUUCUGAUGGAGACCAGUGCAAUUUCCUAAUUGUGCAGCUAUUUAAUAUAGGGAACUGUGAAACAAUAUUGAGACAAAUGUGAUAUAUAUAUAGUGGGGGAGAAAUGAGUAAAACACUGACAUCAUACAGAAUAUAAAGAUAUGGGGUCUGUUAUCUAGAAACCAGUUAUCCAUUAUGCUCUUAAAACCAGCAAUCUGGUGGCUAGAACAUUAUAGCCUAGACACUAGUUUGGGUUGGAUUUGAUAAAUGUAUAUAUAUAUAUAUAUAUUUGCUUGCCUGGCUACUCCUGGAAGCCCAGUUUGUGGGUCAGUUUAGGUAAGAUUUGGUCGGGGGGGGGGGCUUAUUUGCUUUCCUAGAAAAUCUUGGAAUUAUUGCUCAAUUGCUGAAGCAACUCCGUAAACAAAUGUUGGACCUCAAACAAAGGGAUGGGGGAAGGGUUUAAACCCAGUCUGAAAACCACUGCUCGAAAAACUCUAGAGUAUUGUUUACCAAACAAUUAUUCACUGUUUCCUGACUUGCUGUUUGUCUGUAAUAACAAAAAUGAAUUCUCAUUUAUUAUGGUGAGUCAAGGUGCAAAAAAUCUGACAGGACUUGGCUGGGCCUUGGGGUGAAGUACAUGGCUUCUGUGUGCACUUUGCGCCUGAUUUCCUGGAGCACAGCACAUUUUGCAUUUGCAAUGUGCAUGGGCACAAGUGCUUUCUGUAUGAACUUCAGGAGAGUAAUUUUGUGCUGGGGGGCUAAGGAGGUUGAUUUAUAAAAAAAAAGGGGUGGUUUGCCAAGGUUUAGUGGCUUCUAAAAGAUGAAGAUGUGAACCCCCAUAACUUGUGUUUAUGCCACUGUGCUCCACCAUUCAUACCCUGCCCAUUGUAAAUGAGCCCCAAUACCUUAAAAGUGAUAAGUAAACAAGAACAAGUAAUAGUUUCUAAUUACUCUACAGGAGAAACCUGCAAAAAAAGGAUACAGUAAAUACGCACUUGUGAAAUACACUUUACAUUUUAUACUUUUUAAAAUAAUAUCUGUAUGUAAUAUUUUAAUAAAAAAAACAACAAACCA